AUGAAAGAACCUCAGCCCCCACCUGCAUCAGAGAUCCUCUCGUCGAAGCCCUUCCAAAGGCGAACGAGGUUUCUCGUCAUCGGUGCAGGCUCUAGAGGAAAUGCCUAUGCCCGUGCCGUCACCACCACGACGCCCGGCACAAUCCACGCCGUAGCAGAGCCACGUGCCUUCAAGCGCACCGAGUUCGGCCGCAACUACAUUUGGGGCAACGAUGGCCAAGAAUUCAACGACUGGCGUGAGUGGCUAAAAUGGGAGGUCGCUCGAAGAGACCGUGUAUCCAAACACAGUGAACCCGCCAGUGACCUCGCUGCACCAGCCAGCGAGCCCGUCGCAGGCGUCGAUGGCGUCUUCAUCUGCACCCUCGACGAAACUCAUGUGGAAAUCAUCCAAGCCAUCGCUCCUCUCAAACUCCACAUCCUCUGCGAGAAACCUCUCGCCCUGUCCCUCACAGACUGUCUGACUGUCUACCGCGCCCUCCAGCCCCCCUCUGGGAGCGGCGUCCUCCCAUCCCCUCCCACAAUCUUCUCCAUAGGCCACGUCCUGCGCUACAGCCCCCACAACAUCAAGCUCCGGAAACUCCUCCUUGAAGAUCGGGUCAUCGGCGACAUUGUCUCGCUCGAGCACACCGAGCCCGUCGGCUGGUGGCACUUCUCGCACAGCUACGUCCGCGGCAACUGGCGCCGCGCCACACCCGCGGGCGAUGGGUCUCUGCUCACGAAAUCCUGCCACGAUAUCGACUUUGUCCUCUGGCUGCUCUGCUCGCCUGCCUCCGCGGAGAACGCCCGCGUGAGCGGCCAGAAACCGCAUUUCCCGCGCUCGAUCUCGUCGGCGGGCUCGUUAACGCAGUUCCGUCCUGCGAGGAAGCCUGCCGCUGCGGGGGCGGCGACGAACUCGGGAGUGCAGUUAUUCUGCGGUGCGGAUUUACAAAGAUCGGCACUUGGACCGGGGCAUCGCGGGUGGCCGGUUGACAUUGUUUCGCCGGAUAUCGAGGAUGUGUUCCGGGCUCAUGGGGCGAAGGCAGCGGAGAAGAGGCUGAUGGAGAGAUUGGGGGAGGAUUAUGACGAAAGCCUUCCGGAUGAGGAGGUGGCCGCGAGACCGUGGUAUGGACGGUGCGUCUUCGAGGCGGAUAAUACGGUGUGUGAUGACCAGGUUGUUACGAUGGCGUGGGAUGAUGAAGGAGUUGCGCCGCAUCGGGUGGCGAAGACGGCUACCUUUCAUAUGGUUGCGCCUACGGAGAAGCAAUGUGAGCGGCGGGGGCGAGUGUAUGGCACGACGGGCGAGAUCGAGUAUGAUAGUACAACUAUUUCCAUUUACGAUUUUGCGUCGGAGAAGACGACCAAGAUCGUCAUUGAGAAGCCGCCGCCGGAGAGGGCGGAGUCUCAUGGCGGAGGAGAUUAUGGGCUGGCGGGACAGUAUGUUGCGGCUGUUGAAGCGGUGGUCAAUGAAGGGUUGGACGUUGAGACCGCGCAGGCACGCUUUAUCGGGUGUACUCUGGAGGAGGCUGUUCAGAGUCAUGCUGUUGUCUUUGCGGCGGAAGAGGCACGACGGGAGGAACGUGUUGUACGGUGGGGCGAGUGGUGGGAGGAGAAGAAGAGCCUUUCCAGUAAUUUGGCUUGA